CCUUUACAUUUAGCCUUCCAAUCACAUUUCUCUCCCUAUCUUCAUACUCACAAUAAUGGGUUGGUCCUAAAACUUGUGACAGCAGCCUCACAAAACCAACCAUUUUUCCCUCACAAGUAGAUCCGCAAAGUUACUUACAACUAAAAUUUUCUAUUGUUUUUUUGCCUCUCUUUCAUCAGUUCGAGGCAUUCAAAGGAGCAGCACAAGGAGUAGAGGAAUUUGCAUAGUAGCUGAGAUGUCUGGUGUUCUUCUUUGGGUGAGUUGUGGACCCAAGGAGAACCCCAUCUCUAUUGUUGGUGUUGCAGGGAGAGGUGGGAAGAGCCAGAGGAGGUUUGGACUGUGCAAUGAGAUCACUUUUGCAAGCUUUUCACCUGCAGUGGCAGACCCUUCAAGAUCUUCAGAAGAGAGGGUCUAUGAAGUGGUGUUGAAGCAAGCAGCACUGGUCAAGGAACAGAACAAGGGUACUAAGAGAUCUUUGAAUUUGAACAAACCAAUUGAAGGUGAUUUCACCCAAGGGGAUCUGUUGAGAGUUGCUUAUGAUAGGUGUGGUGAAGUCUGUGCUGAAUAUGCCAAGACAUUUCAUCUAGGCACACAAUUGAUGACUCAAGAGCGCAGAAAAGCCAUCUGGGCCAUAUAUGUGUGGUGUAGAAGAACAGAUGAACUAGUGGAUGGCCCUAAUGCUUCUCACAUCACACCAAAGGCAUUGGACAGGUGGGAGAAAAGAUUAUAUGAUGUUUUCGAAGGGCGCCCUUAUGAUAUGUAUGAUGCUGCUCUCUCAGAUACAGUCUCAAAGUACCCAGUUGAUAUACAGGCCGCUCAAGAAAAAGUGAAUGCAAUUCAGCCAUUUAAGGACAUGAUUGAAGGGAUGAGAUUGGACCUGAGAAAGUCAAGAUACAACAACUUUGAUGAACUCUACCUUUACUGCUACUAUGUAGCAGGGACAGUGGGCCUUAUGAGUGUUCCAGUAAUGGGGAUUGCACCAGAAUCAAAGGCUUCAACAGAGAGCAUCUACAAUGCUGCAUUGGCACUUGGCAUUGCUAACCAACUUACCAACAUUCUCAGAGACGUUGGAGAAGAUGCAAGAAGAGGAAGAGUAUAUCUUCCACAAGAUGAACUAGCACAAGCUGGGCUAUCAGAUGAUGACAUUUUGAUAGGGAAAGUUACAGACAAGUGGAGAAGUUUCAUGAAGGGACAAAUACAAAGAGCUAGGAUGUUUUUUGAUGAGGCAGAAAAGGGAGUUUCAGAGCUCAGUUCUGCAAGCAGAUGGCCAGUGUGGGCAUCUUUGUUGUUGUAUAGGCAAAUCUUGGAUUCUAUUGAGGCUAAUGACUACAAUAACUUCACCAAAAGAGCUUACGUAGGAAAACUUAAGAAGCUCUUAUCACUGCCUGCUGCUUAUGGAAGAGCACUUAUAGGUCCCUCAAAAAACAUAACCAAAAUGGUUACAUCUAACUAAAGUUGCUCCAAUGAGCAUCAAAGUGUUUCAGCUUGUAAAUUCUGUUCACUGCAAAUCUCAAAGCUAGUAAAGUGUAUAACAUUUUCAAGUGUUAA